AUGACUGACAUUUACCUCUUUGGCGACCAGACGGUUCGCGUGGAAGAGAGCCUACACGCCCUCCUGCACACCCGCGAUAAUCCCACAUUGACUUCGUUUCUCAAUGAAGCCUUUCUUGCUAUUCAGCAUGAGAUCUCUCAGCUCCCGGCGGGUGAGCGAGGGUCACUACCGACUACUGAGACUCUUGGUCUGUUACUAGAUAUGAUUAAAAAGGGACACCGUCAUGCCGCAUUCGAGAGCGCAUUGAUAUGUUUAUGUGAGAUUGCAGAAUAUAUUCGUCACCUGCAAGACACGGACCUAUCCCAUCCCGCUUCUAACUCCGUUGUGGUUGGUUUAUGUACUGGAUCCCUCGCUGCUGCCGCCAUUAGUUGCGCCCAGACUACCCUGGAUCUGGUGCCUCUGGGUAUUGAGGCAGUGUCUGUCGCGUUUCGUGUGGGCAUGCAUGUAUCUCGCCAAGCCGCUGCUUCGGACGCAGGACACACGACGAGUGGAAAGCCCUGGACGUUAGCGGUGACAGGUGUUCAGGAAAAUGAGGCUACCCAGAUUCUUCAAGGAUUCAUUAAUGAUACGGGCAUAUCUGGAUAUCUAGCGCCAUACAUUAGUGCUGUUGGGAUAAACGGCGUCACUAUCAGCGGUACUCCGAGUCUGAUCGAAGCUUUGCAGGCCUCAUCCUACCUUGAGAGCAAGAAGACCUUGAUGAUGCCAGUAUAUGGGCCAUAUCAUGCCAAGCAUUUGUAUAACGAAGUGGACAUCGACAAUAUCCUUCGUUCCAGGCCGGGCAACAUGAGCAUGCGCCAUCGAGAGGCGCAAAUAGCAGUCAUCUCGAGUUCGUCCGGGGCACUUCUCAAGGAAUCUACGUUUGGUGACCUACUGCGAGUGCUAGUCUCUGAGAUCCUGACCACCCAAAUCCGAAUAGAUGACCUGGUUGAUGGCAUCGUCCAGUAUAUCCCGGGUAGCGUUGCGCGGUUGAUCCCAAUUCACUCUCAUACUGCCCCAAGUCUGGCAUCAACAUUACGCCAACGCGGCAUCGACCUGCAAGUUUUCACAUCUCCCCAGAUACCUUCCACAAAGACUCCGCAGCAUCUCCCCAGUCAUGAAUCUUCCAAGAUUGCGAUCAUCGGUUUUAGUGGCCGGUUCCCGGAAGCCGAUGGUCUCUCCGAGUUUUGGACGCUCCUGGAACAGGGGCUCGAUGUUCACAAGCCUAUUCCCACUGACCGAUUUGAUCGUGACGCCCAUUAUGAUGCCACCCUUCGUACCAGGAAUACAAGCCGAAUUUUGCACGGUUGCUGGAUUCGCAGGCCGGGAUUGUUCGACCCGCGCUUCUUCCACUUCUCGCCCCGGGAGGCAUCCCAGGCGGACCCAGCUCAACGCCUGGCUCUCCUGACAGCCUACGAAGCCAUUGAGAUGGCUGGCUUUGUUCCCGAUCGCACAGCAUCUAGCAGAAAGCAUCGGGUAGGUGUGUACUAUGGCACCACAAGCGACGACUGGAGAGAGGUCAAUAGCGGCCAAGAUAUUGGCACCUAUUUUAUCCCGGGAGGAAAUCGUGCCUUCAUUCCGGGGCGGAUCAACUACUUCUUCAAAUUCAGUGGACCGAGCGUGUCGGUAGACACAGCAUGUUCGUCCAGUUUAGCAGCCAUUAAUGUCGCUACCACUGCACUACUAAACUAUGAAUGUGAUACUGCUCUUGCUGGUGGUACAAAUAUCAUGACCAACCCGGAUAAUUUUGCAGGACUGGAUCGAGGACACUUCCUCUCAUCCACUGGAAACUGUAAGACAUUUGAUGAUGGUGCUGAUGGGUAUUGCCGCGCUGAUGGUGUCGGCACUGUUAUUCUGAAGCGUCUAUCAGAUGCCAUUGCGGACAAUGAUCCCAUUUUUGGCAUUAUUCUUGGUGCCCGCACAUCGCAUUCGGCCGAAUCGGUUUCUAUUACACGUCCUCUCGCCGAUGCGCAAGAAUAUUUGUUUAGACAGCUAUUGAGCGAGUCUGGCCUCCAUCCCCAUGAUAUCAGCUACAUCGAGAUGCACGGCACCGGAACGCAGGCCGGUGAUGCUGUUGAAAUGAAAUCGGUACUUGAUACAUUUGCUUGGGACACUAGCCGUCCUCAAAAUAAGCGUUUACACUUAGGGUCCGUUAAGGCAAACGUGGGCCAUGGUGAAUCAGCAUCGGGCGUAACAGCUCUGAUUAAGGUGUUGCUAAUGAUGCAGAAAGACCGAAUACCACCACACUGCGGCAUUAAGACCAAGAUUAAUCACGGCUUCCCUACGGACCUGGCGCAACGGAAUGUGUAUAUCGCACAAAAAGAGACUGAAUGGGCCCGUCCCCCACAAGGGAAACGCUAUACAUUUGUUAACAACUUUUCUGCCGCGGGAGGCAAUACGGCCUUGCUGUUAGAAGAUGCGCCGUCGACGGACAACGUAGACAAUGCCUCUCAACCAGAUCCACGCCAACAUCAUGUUGUUGCUGUGUCUGCUCGUUCAGCCCAGUCUCUCACCAAAAACGCCCAAUCUCUGGCGGAUUUUAUUGGUAGCCAAACGUCAUCAGACUUCUUAGCUCGAAUCUCCUACACGACGACUGCCAGGCGCAUACAUCAUCCAUUCCGUAUUGCGGUGGUGGGGAAAGACUUACAGCAGUUGAAGCGCGUAUUGUUAGAUGUUACCAGGGCAGAGGACAUUAGGCCUUGCCCUGCCAAACCUCCAGGAGUAGGCUUCCUAUUUACGGGCCAGGGCACGCAGCAAACAGCGAUGGCACGACAACUGUACGAGAAUUUUGCCUCCUUCCGGGAGGAUAUUGUGCAUCUGGACGGUGUCGGUUGCGGCCAUGGAUUCCCAUCGAUUUUGCCGUUGGUCACAGGGACAGUGAACAUCGAAGAGCUCGCCCCAGCCACCAUCCAACUCGGCACAGUGGUGAUCCAGAUUGCCAUGGCACGCCUAUGGCAAAAUUGGGGCCUGAGGCCACACUAUGUACUUGGCCAUAGUUUGGGCGAGUUUGCUGCCCUACAUCUCGCUGGAGUGCUUAGCAUCCGUGAUACAAUCUACCUCGCAGGCUCGCGCGCGGAGCUACUAGCAAGGAGAUGCAUCGCUCACUCACACGGAAUGCUGGCAGUCAAGGCAUCUGUGGCGGAUGUAAAGGAACUUUUGGCACAGGCACCCGUAGAGGUAGCCUGUAUCAAUGGACCGAAAGAUACAGUCUUGAGUGGCCCCAAUGGCGACAUCGAUAGAGCGGCUCAAUGGUUGUCAGAACAUGGCAUGUCUUCCACCAGGCUCGUUCUACCAUUCGCUUUCCAUUCCUCGCAGGUUAAUCCAGUUCUGGAAGAACUGGAGCAAAUUGCCAACCGGGUAACAUUCCACAAGCCAACACUUCCAGUUGUGUCCCCCCUGCUGGGCCAAGUGAUCUUACAUGCCGGGGUUAUCGGACCGCAAUAUAUCCGGCGACACUGCCGUGAAACUGUGAAUCUUCUCGGUGCUGUAAAAGCGGCUCAGUCUGCCGGCUUCGUGGAAUCUAAUGGACUGGCCAUAGAAGUCGGCGCUCAUCCCGUCCUCACGAUGAUGAUAAAGAACAUUGUUAGUCCGAAUUUCGGAGCCUUCCCCAUGCUUCGUAGAAAGGAAGAUGCAUUCAAGACCCUCACAGAGUCAUUGAGCAUGCUACACUUGGCAGGCGUGUCGGUCAACUGGGAUGAGUAUCACCGCGACUUCAAGAGCUGCCACCAAGUUGUAACAUUGCCCGGGUAUAACUGGGACUAUCAAAACUACUGGAUUCAAUACCAAAACAACUUCUGCCUGACAAAGGGAUCUCCUGAACCAUCGGAGACACCAGGAACUGUACUGUUGCCCACAUCUACUCGACUCAGUCCAUCAGUACAAAGGAUUGUCAAGGAACAAGUAGACGAAGAGCAGGCAUUGAUUGUUAUUGAAUCCGACUUGCAUGAUCCAGAGCUCUUGCCAGUUGCGUUGGAUCACAAGGUCAAUGGGUUAGUUUUGUGUCCAUCAUCACUGUAUGCGGAUAUUGCUUUUACACUAGGUGACUAUUUCGUUCAUAAAAGGGCAGACCUGAAUGGAUACAAACCCGUGAUAUGCAAUAUGGCCGUUGCAAAGGCCUUGAUUGUCAACGAAACCGGUCCACAGUUACUUCGAGCGUCCCUGGACAUGGAUUGGAGCAGUCGUCGAGGCAGUCUGGAGCUGUACAGCGUCGACAGUACCGGAAAACGUACAUCUGAUCACGCCCAGUGUCUUAUUGAGCUUCAGCACACCGAUAGCUGGCAGGAUAGCUGGCGGCGCCAGUUGUAUCUGAUCCAGCGUAGCAUCGAGCAGCUGCAACGGGGAGUUCAGACGGGAACCACACACAAAGUGCGCCGAGGAAUCGCCUACCGGCUUUUCUCGUCCGUAGUGCAGUAUGGACCGUCCUAUCAUGGCAUGGAAGAGGUUACAUUUGAUAGCUCAGCGCUUGAGGCGACCGCACGGGUGCGUCUACAGUCCAGCAAAGGACAGUAUAUAUUGAACCCCUUCUGGUGCGACAGCUUCGGGCAUCUCACUGGUUUUGUCAUGAACUCCAACGAUUUGCUCGAUCUGACUGAGCAUGUCUAUGUCAAUCACGGCUGGAGUUUCAUGCGCUGUGCCGAGCCUUUCUCCCAAGAUAUUGUCUAUCAAACACAUGUCAAGAUGCAGCCUGUCGGCGAGAACGGCGCUCUGUACGCGGGAGACGUCUAUAUUCUGCGUGACAAUCACAUUGUCGCCCACUAUGGAGACGUAACUUUCCAGAAGGUCCUCCGUCGAGUAUUUGAAAUGCUGUUGCCGGCGCCCAAGCCCAAGCCCACUUUAUCCGGCCGAACAUCACCUGCAGCAGCUGUACAACGGGGUACCCCCGCAUCUCAGAGCAGGGCACGAGCGAUGUCACCAUCAGGUCUCACUAUCUGGCAGCAAACACUCAAGGUUAUUGCUGUCGAGAUUGAUGUCCAUCCUAACCAGCUUACCGAUGAUGUGCAGUUUGCUGACAUGGGUGUUGAUUCGCUCAUGUCAUUGAACAUUACCGGUACAUUGCGCGAGUCUCUCCAUCUUGACGUGCCGUCAUCCCUCUUUGAGGACUGUCCUUCUGUGCAGUCACUACGUGAAUACCUCAGCAUGUCAUCGGCACCUGUGUCCAAUAGCGAUACCACUAGCUACUCUUCGUCAUCCAGUGAAAGCCACACCAGCGUGGCCACGCCAGCGACAGCACUGGAGGAUGAGGGUGCGCCUCAUCAAUCAGCGGUUAACGGGUUCAGGACCACUAUAGCUAUGAUCUCGUCAAUCCUAGCCGAAGAGAUUGGAGUCAGUUCCAAAGAGCUGUCCAAGGUGGACGAUUUGGCAGAGCUGGGUCUGGAUUCGCUCUUGUCGUUAACAACCUUGGGGAGAGUUCGAGAGGAAAUGAAUCUGGAUCUGCCUCACGAUUUUUUCCUCCAGCACACCAGCAUCCAGUCAAUCACGAAUGCACUACGCACUGUUCUGGGAGCGACAGACGAAGCUCCCACCAUGCCCCCAAAGUCAAGCCAUCCUCCAGCAACAUCUAUCCUCCUUCAAGGUAGUUCUUCUUGUUCCCAGACACUCUUUUUAUUCCCCGAUGGCUCCGGCUCGUCCACAUCCUACGCGAUGCUUCCUCCCAUUUCGCAAGAUUUACGUGUCUAUGGCAUGAAUUGUCCCUAUAUGAAACGUCCAGAGGACCUGAAAUGUGCUCUUCAAAACCUCACUCCCUCAUAUGUUGCUGAGGUCCGGCGUCGUCAACCAUGCGGUCCUUAUAAUUUGGCGGGAUGGUCCGCAGGUGGAAUCGCUGCGUAUGACGCCGCACAGUAUCUCGCCCAGCAGGGAGAGAAGGUUGAGCGACUCAUUUUGCUCGACUCGCCCAACCCCAUCGGUUUAGGGAAACUUCCACCUCAUUUUUAUUACUUCCUCGAAAAGGCUGGUGUCUUCGGCUGUCACGGUGGACAAAAGCCUCCCAGCUGGCUCAUUCAGCAUUUCUUGUCUUUCAUUGAUGCGCUGGACAAGUACAAUCCGGUCCCAUUUAAUCCAACUCAUGCCGUGCCCCGAACGACAUUGAUUUGGGCCAAAGAUGGAGUGUGCAAAUCGCCGACUGAUCCUCGGCCGGAACCGCAACCGGAUGACCCGAAGGAGAUGUCCUGGUUGCUGGAGAACAGAGAGGACCUGGGGCCAAACGGAUGGGACCAACUGCUAGGGAGGAAUAAUAUUAAGAUUGAAAGCGUGUCGAAUGCUAACCAUUUCACGAUGGUCAGGGAACCCGCAGCUGCAGAUUUGGUGGCAAUCAUCCGGCGAGCCAUGUCACUAUGA